UUAUACCGGUUAUUGCGAAUAGGACUUAAACAUACGUAUAGGAGAGGGCAACGACGGUCAUAAAGAUGGAACGCGAAUAACGAUCACUAAUUAUACCCAUACACAUAUAUUUUUUGUUUGAACGAAUUAUAUUUAAUGUUGUGGACUGCGAUGCAUCAUGAAACAUACAAUGAUAAGAAUUUGUAGUACACAAAAGCAUUAUUACGAUCAAACGAGAUGUCAGUCAUUUCUUCCCUCAGUCACAUAUAAACAAUCUUUAAUUUUUUUCAACAAACAACUUUCUUGGAUAUAGAUAUCCGAUUAUUGGGUAGUUUAUAAAUUAUAAUGUAUUAGAAAAUUGAAAUGAAAAACGGUUGGAUUUUAUUACGGGAGUUUAAGUUAUUUAAAGCGUUUGAUUAUCGUUGAAAAAUCUAGCACACUGAUUACUUGACUCAUCUGGUCAGAACGACUAUGCACUGGCCACUGAUACAUGAAGUUUCCGACAUCGUGCUCAUGAAAUCAUAUCAUUAUCCGAAAUAUGUCAAUAUAAAAUAGUAUAUAAAUAACUAUUUUUGUUCAUGUGACGUAUGUUAGUACCGUCGACUAUGCAGACUGAAGCAAGAAAUAUAAUAUUACUAAGAUUACUUAGAUUUACUAUGGUGCCUAUGUUAACGAAAACUGUGAUUGCAAGACGUAAAAUGAAAAUGGUUUGUGGAGUACAUCUGUUUAUUAUGUAAAAAGUGAGACGUUUUUCAUAAAUAGUACAAAUAUAAAUAAUAUAAUUCCAUUAAAAAUUCAUCGUGACUAGCCUACUCGUAUAACAGUCUUUGGUGUACAUCUCGGCCAAACUUGCGCGAUGUAUCUUAAAUUAUAAUGUAGGACGAACCACCAAUUUGUAGUCAUCACAGCAAGCAUAAGUAUCAGUCUUUAGUUUAAUUUUUCACAACCCAAGAAAUUAAAAAAAAAAAACAAGCUGAAAUUUUUCGUUAUCUCGGCACGAUCCAAAUAAUAGGACGACCCAGACGCUGGUAAAAUCUAAUAAUUGGUGCAAUACAGUGUAAGUAACGUGCCAUAUAUGUAUUUGCAUAAAAUCAAUUUCACGUAUGACCGAACACAAUAAUAGGUAAUGGUAAGAGGGCUGAGUGAUUAAUGCGCACAAUUGCAGUAACACGCUUGCCGAAACAUGGUCCAGCUUUGUACGAUCAACAGGAUCAUCAAGGCGUACGCGUUGAUCGGCUUUUGCGUGGCCACAUACGCGCUGUACGUGGAAAUCUCGCUGGAAAAUGAUCCGGAUUUCGAGCCGCUGUGUGACCUCAGGAAAUACGUCAAAUGUUCUCCAGCAUUUAUUUCACCAUACGCCAAAGGUUUUGGGAUCGUCAGAUACAUAUUCGGCGAAGAUUCUGCUUUCAACGUGCCAAACGGACUCACUGGAAUGUUAUUCUACAUCCUAUCGUUCAUGUUGAGUUGUUCGGACAAGCAAAAAAUCGUAAACGUCCACUACUACCUAGCGAUCGCUUCCAACAUUUCCACAUUUUACUUGGCUUCCGUGUUGGUGUUCAUCGUUCGGGAAUUGUGCUUGGUUUGCUUAACCACGUACUUCAUAAAUGCCAUCAGUUUACUGUGUGUGUCGUCCAAACGGCGUCAACUUUUGUCGCUAUCUAAACACCAUAAACCUUGCAAAGCCGAUUAAAAUAUAACAUACCUAUAUAUAUAUUGUAUACCUAUAUAUGUAUAAAACAGCGCCACUCUCGUUGUAAAAUAGAAUGUCGUAGAGUAUAUUAUAUUAUAAUAUAUUAUAAAAGUAAUAAGUAUCUAAAAUACG